CAGUAAUUUGGGCAAAAUAAAGCAGGAGUCUAAAAGCUUUGGACUUGAAAAAUCAACAUCGAAACUCACCUGUAAAUCAUUGCCGUGAAGGGUAGGUUCAGGAUAAAAUGCAUGAGCUUUGGGAGCGAGGUGAAUGCAUGAUGGAUGUUGGUGUCAAUCGGGAUGGAUGAUGAUGGAUGAUGGAUGACAACUGACAACCGGCGCCUCCGCCGUCGACGGCCGCUCCCGCCAAAAGCAACCGCUGUCCGAGCGCCCGCCGCCGUCACGUGACCUGACUCGACCUGGCUGCCGUUCGCUGCGGCUCCGGGACUCGGCGCCAUUGUGUAGAUACACAUCUUAGUCAUUGAUAUAACUACGCCGUUCUGUUUGUAACCAUGAAGGCCAUUGGAGAUCAGGUGGUGGAUGAGGAAGUCAAUUUCCAGGAUGACGAGGAGUCAUUCUUCCAGGACAUUGAUCUCUUACAGAAGCAUGGCAUUAAUGUGGCUGACAUUAAGAAAAUGAAAACUGCUGGGAUCUGUACAGUGAAAGGGAUUCAGAUGACAACGCGAAAGGGACUGUGCAACAUCAAGGGUCUUUCUGAGGCUAAGGUUGAUAAAAUCAAGGAAGCAGCCAACAAACUAAUUGAGCCAGGAUUUCUUACUGCAUUCGAGUAUAGCGAAAAAAGGAAGACAGUGUUUCGCAUCACCACUGGCAGCCAAGAAUUCGACAAAUUGUUGGGUGGAGGAAUUGAAAGCAUGGCAAUCACAGAAGCAUUUGGUGAAUUUAGAACUGGAAAGACACAGAUGUCACACACUUUCUGUGUGACUGCUCAGCUUCCUGGACCCAGUGGAUACUCUGGAGGAAAGGUGAUUUUCAUUGAUACAGAGAAUACCUUCCGCCCAGAUAGACUACGAGGAAUUGCUGAACGGUUUAACGUGGAUCCAGAUGCAGUGCUGGAUAAUGUGCUCUAUGCACGUGCCUAUACUAGUGAACACCAAAUGGAAUUACUGGAUUAUGUAGCGGCCAAAUUCCACGAAGAGGGCGGAAUUUUCAAACUCUUGAUCAUAGAUUCAAUCAUGGCGCUUUUCCGAGUUGAUUUCAGUGGCCGUGGUGAGCUUGCAGAUCGUCAGCAGAAACUGGCUCAGAUGCUUUCCCGCUUGCAGAAAAUCUCUGAAGAAUACAACGUGGCCAUAUUUGUUUCCAACCAGAUGACUGCAGAUCCAGGAGCAACCAUGAGUUUCCAAGCAGAUCCAAAGAAACCAAUUGGUGGUCACAUUCUGGCUCAUGCAUCUACAACGAGGAUCAGUCUACGGAAAGGACGGGGUGAACUACGCAUUGCAAAAAUCUAUGAUAGCCCAGAUUUACCAGAGAAUGAAGCCACCUUUGCCAUUACUGCCGGAGGGAUUAAUGAUGCAAAGGAGUGAGACAUUCAGAACAGAGAUGAGCACAGCAUUUUAAGUUUCCCGAGUACUGGUGAAGAGACAGCUGUUUUGAAGUUAUUGUUUAAUUAUUAGAGUGUAGAAACUUAAAAAACGAUAAAUUACUUCAAGUUUAAAAAAGGAUAGCUGUGAAAGUUCCAGAUUUUGUGGAACAAUAUGUUUUGAUAUCAACCUUAUAUUUAAUUUCUAAAAUCAAAAAAGAUUAGGCACUCUCAAAAUGUCUUUAUUGAUUUUGUAUGCAGAGUGGCAAAAUCUGAGUUCAAUGGAAUUGCAUAACGAGGUUUAAUUGAACGAAAACAUGGCAUGAAAUAAAUACACAUAUCUUUUAUGUUUUUAGUGUAGGCAGAGGUGUAAUGCAACAAAGGAAGAGAUAGUUUGCAAUCUGAUGGGAUUACACAAUCAAUUUCCAUUCUCUGCACAGACAUAGAAGGGCACAUUUAAUAUUUAUUUGACUAUAUAAAUAUGUAUAGCUUAAUGUUACAGAAAGCACUUACCGGUAAUUCAGGUAUCCCCUUCCUUCAUAAUUUCCGAAUUACCACAUUCUCAGCAGCAAAGCAUGCAACACAGAGGGAAAGCCUUUGUAGUUUCUGCAGUAGAUAGAUAUUGAUAAGCAGCUCGAACUCAAUUGAAUCUUGUAGUGGAGAUUUUCUUAUCAAAUAUCUGUUAAUGCACUCUCUUAAUGUAAUAAAUCUACUCACUAUGCCAAACUAAUAAUAAACAUGCAGUGUGAAUUCUAUAAAAUGAUGCUUAGCUGAAAGAGAAUUACAUUUUAGAUUCAAAUGAUCAUUAGGAAGUCAUUGAAUUUUGCAGCGUAGAAUGAGUCCUUCAGCCCAAUUCGUCCAUGCCAACCAAGGUUCUAAGCAAGUAGGUGAACAUGAUUUUAAAAUUAGUGAAUGAAAUCUUUCUGAACAAGGACUGCCAACCAAAAUCACCACUCACACUUUCCCCUUGUCUUUCUUAUUAUUUAUUUAUUUAUUAUCUUAUUUAGAUGCAUAGGAGGCGAUCUUGCUGGUCUUCUGAAUCCCGCAGGCUUCCCAUGAGGUGUGAUGAGGCAUCAGGAAAUGCCUCUGACGGGUUUUGACAGAAGGCAUACCUGAGGCACGGCUUCAUUUUUCAAAGCUGCUAAGGAUCCUCACAGAUUUUAAACGUUUCUGUCCAUUUAUCAGAGGUACAUAAACUCAGAGGUCAAACCAUUAUUAACAUUCAAGACAAAUGAUUGUGUAUUAAGCCACUUACAUUUCCCAUUCUGCAUUCAAAUGAGUCUUGGCACUCAUUCAUUGCGGCAGCAUCUGCCCACAGUUGGCUCCGGAUUACUUCAGUGCACAUGGUUGAAUGCUGGCAGUUUUCCUUCAGAAUCUUUCACAAUGAAUUUGGCCCAUUUGGACUUUUAGCUUGGAUUAUAAUGUAAUUCUCUCACACUCUGUUAUUCAGUAAGCCAAUUUGUUGUCCCUUCAUCCAGCUUCUACAUUAUUUUUCAGUUUUGACACUGGUCACACUAAUAAUCAACACACAGCCAAAUUGGUGUAUUUACAGUAGAUUUGACAGCUUGUACCAGAUCCUAGUUUCAUGCUGAUGCUGUAAUUGCUGUGUGUUAUACUUGUUUGUGCAAUUGCUUUCGUUCAUCUCUAAGAGCACAGAGCAUGGGUAAUAGCUGGAAUGUUUUAGAUGUUGUUUGAGUCUCUGAAGGAUAAUAGCAAAGCCAAAAUGAGAUCAUUUUGUUUUCCUGAUGGAUGAAUUCAAAAGUAGAGUUAGAAAUUAAACUGCUAAAUUGCUAUUUCCAGAAUGUUGAAUUGAUGAAUUUAUAGUUUUUAUUGGACAGUGUUCUUCAUCUGUAACUCUUUGAACAGAGGAACAGAACAAUUAGUAAUCUAUUAAUGUGCAUAAGAUCAUUAAAAUAAUAUAUAACCAAGAUAUCACAUCUUUCUUCAACUCUGAUGUAUUUUAAUUGCAACAAAUUUAAGCGACUGUAUCCCUUUUCUAUGGAUGUUGAAAACGUCUAAAUUUACAAAUUUAAUAUCCAAUGUUGCCUCUGCCUGUGCAACCCCUCACGGAUUAAUUACUGUUGGCCUUUUACCAAACCUUCAAGUUAAUAAAAAAAAAAGAACUGGAAAAGACCAUUUAACCAGGAAAACAUUUUUUUGUCUAUAUUGUUAAAAUAAUUACAGUGAUCUCUUUUUUCUCUCUUGUGAGGUACAAUUGGAGAUUGUGUGCAUCUCAAACCAGCUCAAAACUGCACAUUGCUUCAGAAUUGGUUUCAUGUCACAUGAUGUUCAACUAAAACUUACUGAGCAUCUUCAUGCUUUAUAAUCAAUAAAUCUGAGUUAAUAUUUGAUGUUAUAAAGCCCCUGGAUAGUCUGAUUAUAUAAUGAUUAUUUUAUAUGUUGAUGGUACUGAAGCAAGUGAGUGUACAGUGAGUCAUACAGGAUGGAAAUAGGCUCUUCAGCCAAACUCUUCCAUGUUGUCCAUCUAUGCUAGUCCUAUUUGUCUGUGUUUGACCCUCUAAACCUUUCUUAUCCAUGUGCCUGUUUAAAUUUAUUUAAAAUGUUGUUAUUGUACCUGCCUCAACCACCUCCUAAAUCAGCUCGAUUCACAUAUGCACCAGUCUCUGAGUGAAAAAGUUGUCCCUCAGCUUUCUCUUAAAUUUUUCCUCUUAAAUCUAUGCCCUCAAGUCCUUGAUUUUACAACUCUCAUGGUUUUAUAUACCACAAAAGAUCAUAACCUUGGGCUCUAACACUCCCAACGAACAAGAUCCUAGUCCAUUCUCUCCCUAUAAUUUAGCCCUGGCAACAUAAAUCCUUUCUGCAUUCUUUCCUGCUUAAUGGUAUUUUCAUUAUAGCAGGUUAAUCAAAAGUGAACACUGUAUCCCAAGGUCAGUCUCACCGAUGUCCUGUGGAGCUGCAACAUUACAUGCCAAUAUGCCUUUAUUGAUGUAAAGCUCCAGCAUGCAAAGAGCAUUCUUCACCAUCCUGUCUACAUGUGACCCCACUUUCAGGGAACUAUGUACUUGUUCUCCCUCUGUUCUCGAACAUUUCCCUGGGCCCAUUCCCUGUGAAAGUCCAACCUUGGUUUGACUCUCCAAAUGCAAUUGCUUGCACUUAUCUCAAUUAAAUUCCAUUUGCCAUCUAUCGGCCCAUUGCCCAGAUCUUUCAGAUGUCUGAAGAAGGGUCUCGACCGAAAAUGUUACCCA